CUGGACUAGCAUGUGUAUGAGAAGUUCAAAUCCUUAACACACAAUAUCAUCAAUGAUAAGUGUUUUAAGAUAAGAUGGAAACUGAAGGAGCAUUUAAAGAUUAAGAAAGGCAACUGUAGAGUUGCCUUGGCAGGAGGGGAAAGCUAAUAUCAUGAAGAAUCUUGUCUUAUAAAUGACAGAUGGAUAUGUAUCAGUACGUUCACCACCAAUCCAUAUCCUUCAUAACUCAAGUGGUCCCUUUCUCUGGACACAUCCACGUCUCCCUCCUCACAAAUAAGACCAAAGCCACACUCUCGUUUGUGUGUCCUCUUCUCUUUAAUGCUCUCUCUUUUUGUUCUUUCACUCUAUAAAAUUCACAACAAGACAUGAAGGUUUUUUGGGAACUUGCCUGCAGAGUUCCAAUGCGGCUGCUAUUAUCAUCUGAUCCCCAACCUCAGUUUACCUCUACAUGUACGUCCCAGAGUUGCGGCUGGAAGCCUUACUCUCAUUCCAAUGACUUUGCAGCCAACGCCUCCCUCCUCCUCAUCAUCAUCUUCUCUGUUCUCAUUUGUGUUUUCUCUCUCCACGUUGCCAUCCGUUGUUGCCUCCGUCCAGUACUCUUCCAGCAUGACCCUAAACCUGAUCCUGACCCUGAUGAAGCCUCUCUUUCAGAACUUCCCCCGACACUUGUUUACUCCCCCGGGAUGAACUUGGCAGGCACCGAAGCAGAGUGUAUCAUUUGUUUGUCUGAAUUCCAAGAUGGUGACACCUUACGCGUGUUGGAAAGAUGCAAACAUGGAUUCCACGUUCAUUGCAUCCAGAAGUGGCUCUCCUCCUCCCACUCUUCUUGUCCCACUUGCAGGGCAAACAUCUUCUCCUCCCCACCUCAACUUCACUCACCACAGAGCUUACAACUAACAAGUACUACAGAUUAGUCAAUUGGUAGCUUCCUGGUUUACUUUGCUCAUUUUUUCUCCUCUUAAUUGUCUUUACCACUCCUCACACACCUCUAUCAUGUUUUCCAAGUUAGUUUAUUUGUAACCUUUUGGUCGUAGUAUAUUCCAUGAAAUCAUGAAAAUUACACA